UAUAAAGGCAGAGACACCUGUUUCCAGUAAGUCAACCCGAUUUCUUUAGGCCUAAUCUGUACACAGUCGAUUCGGCCAAUUUGAUGCAUUUGCACAAAGGCUUCCAGACAGUUCUCUUGCUACUACUGGUGCACGCUGCCAGAACAGUCGUUGCGGCAGCUAACUUCUCUCAGUGUCUGAACAACAUUGUUCAGAACGCAAAUGCUACUCAAGACUUUAAUGGUUUACUCGACAGUAACGGAGAUCCCGUGUCGAGUGUUUCUGAUGCAACAUCAAUCAGUUACUCGAUGUGUACAUCCCGCUGCGGGACUGGGCAAGAGGCUUUCCAGUGGUCUGAAUUUUCGCAAGAAUUCAGUGCAUGGCUGCUGCCAAAUCUUGCACUUAUUUCGCAGCUCCCCUUUGGGGCAGAGUACAGACUUCAUAAUUUCAUGUCUGCUGUGUUAACUGUUGGUUCACCGACACUUGCUGGUUACUCUCUAUUCGUCACUCUCCUUAACUCUCGCUGGAUCACUUGCGAGUUUAACACGCUGAACUACCAUCCUAAUUCACGUUUCGCGCUCUCCAUCUUGAGCAGCCUUCAGCAAGUUCCCCUCAGACUGCAUCCUGAUCGCGAUCGAUUACGCUCUCUCAUCCUUCCGGAAAAUCACUGGUGGAAAUAUCUCGCUGAAUUUGUGGACUACACUCAUACGUGGUCAAUCGCAUCCGCAACCUCCAUUACAUGGGUCGUUGUCGCCUAUAUCCUAACUGUUACCAACACACCAUCUGAAGUUUAUGCGAAUUCUCUAUCCAAUGGAGAGGCCACUGGCGCAAUAUGGUUGUGGUUGAUUCCGAUCGUCGUCGGAUGGCUACAACUCUCCCCCAAAUGCGACUUCAAUCGCUUGCAAGCUGCAUAUGACCGUGCAGACAGACACAGUAUGCACACAGGAACGUCAGACGAAACUGUUGGGAUGCCUUCUGCGUCAUCCCGGAGAGCGUUGGCCAUAACUGCUGAAGAGGAUGAUGUAAUGUCUCCGGAUGAACUCUUCACCCCCCCGGUGUUUAAUUACUCGCGUUCGCUGCGAUGGGCAUCUACAGCGGAGGCUAUCCUCAUGUUGUUCAAAAAGGAGUUAGAGGCAUCAGAAAGGGCUUAUAGCAAUCUUCCCGUUCGUGAAAGUAAUGGGGACGAAUCUGGCAUUGACGACUCUACUGAAAGUAUCGAGACCAUCCAUGACGGAAACCGACGCAGGUCCUCCCAAUAUGUCGUCGUGGACUACACGGAACCCGACGGAGAGAAGAGUCCAUGCACCCAUUGGGCACCUGGUGUGUUCACAAGAAUGUUUAUCGCUUCCUGCGCUUCGCUUGCAUUACAAUGGGGAACAGUUGGAGCAGCAUUGCUGGUGGCGUGGUUCACUCCUACAACAAAAAUUGGGUGUCGGUCUAUGGGUUAUCUCAUUUACGGCGGCAUUUCGACUUUAGUUUGGAUGAUGCUCCUGAUGUCCAGCAUUCUCGCCCACUCUUCCGUUGCUGCCCACUCUUCCACCACUUACCCCCGCCGGGUAUCGCUAUCCACACGCGUUGCCGUAGCAGCUUCGCACGUCCUGCGGUGGACAGGAAAGUUGUUUGCCAUAUUAAACUCUUGCGUCGUGAUCAUGGCGUGUGUAUUCCAGUACUCCGGCUUCUACGAUGAGUGUUUCUGCAAAUCCAGCGUGUUUAGCAGGGGAGGUGCAGCGUACUACGUGAUCAUCGAGACCGCAGCUCAAGCUGCGCAGGCUAAGACUGCCUGGAUCAGUGCCAUUGUCUUAGCAUGUGCAUCAGCAUCAGCCUUUCUUAUUAUGCUGAGUCUUUUGUUGGACACUCUACCAGACUCUACCACCUUAGGCAAUCGGGAGGAGUAGCUUGUGCCAGUGGUAUAAGACUAUUUGUAGUAACU